AUAGAUAGAGACAGACAGACAAACAGACAGAUAGAUAGAGAGACAGACAGACAGAGAGGCAGACAGAUAGACAGAUAGAGACAGAUAGACAGAUAGAUAGAGACAGACAUAUAGAUAGACAGAGAGACAGACAGACAGACAGACAGAUAGAUAGAGAGACAGACAGACAGAGAGGCAGACAGAUAGACAGAUAGAGACAGAUAGACUGAGAGACACUGACCAUCACAGCGGAAGACCAGUGGAUAUUAAGCUACUUCAUAUCAGGGAGAAGAAUGGGACUGCACAGUGUUGAGGAACUGGUGUCUGGUAAGAGGUCAGAUGGCAAAGAGGCCGACGACUUCCAAGGAGGCGUGUACGAGGCGGGCGUGGAUCAGGAGAAGCCGGAUGAGCGCAGGUCCGACAGGGAGCUGGUGGGCGGAGCUCUGUCGGAGGAGAGCGACAGCGGCAGCGAGCACGAGGAAGUCAGCGUGGCAGCUCUCCACACGGAUAAAAGCGGCCGGUUGAAGUUGGAGACGGUGGAUGACCUGUUCAACAUCCUGCAGCUGAGGAAGAGGAGGAGGGAGAGGAAGGCUCCGGCCCCUAAGAAACCACAGCCCGAGCCCGAGACCCUGCCAGAGAAUGUGGAUGAGCAGCUGUUUCUGACAGCAGCCAUGGAGAACAAGCUGCCUGUGGUGGAGAAGUACCUGAGUGACGGAGGGAACCCCAACGCAGCUGACCACUUCCAGAGAACAGCGCUGCACAAAGCCUCGUUCAAAGGACACGUGGAGGUGAUGAAAAGGCUCCUGGAGGCCGGCGCUGCCAUCGAGAAAAAAGACAAGCUGGAGGCCACAGCGGUCCACUGGGCCUGCAGAGGAGGCAGCCUGCCAGCGCUACAGCUCCUCCUCGACCAGGGAGCCAAGUUCUCCUACAGAGACAAGUUGCAGAGCACCCCCCUCCAUGUUGCUGUGCGGACCGGACACUGUGAUUGUGCCGAGCAUCUCAUCCACUGCGGAGCCGACGUCAACGCCAAAGACAGAGACGGAGACACGCCCAUGCACGAUGCCGUGAGAAUAAACAGAUUUAAGAUGAUCAAGCUGUUGAUGAUGUACGGGGCCAGUCUCAACACAAAGAACUGUGAUGGAAAAACUCCCCUGGAGACGCUGUACGCGUGGCAGAACGGAGCCAAGAGCCUCCUGUGUAACUUCAGCAGUAAGGACAAAGCCAACCAGUGACACAACAUUCCAGUGAAAGCAGGACUUUAACACGAUAUCCAGUCACAUGACCUACUGGCUUUAGCCCAUUCUAGUCAGGUCCAUACUGCGGCUCAGGAAGCACACAAGUCUGUUUUUAAAUAGCUGUUUUAUCCAGCCAGGCUGUGCCGAGGGUUCACGUCACAUUCAAACUGUCUCGCAUGUUGACCGACAGGUAUCGACCUGGUUCAGGGAUUUGAACCAUCCUGGCUUUUGGCAAGGUAACUUCUUCAUGUGGCAGCAGUAACGUGAAGGAGCGAUUUAAUUAACGCUGUGAACUCUAAUCAGGAUGUUGUUAAUGAUGGGAUCAUUAGCACCGAUAGAUUCAUUGAAUCGGCAAACUUUGCUGGACAAUGUCUCGGCCGACAGCAUGAAGAUGUUCUCUUCUUUUUUUUACCGUUACUUUAAGCUGAGUUUGAAGUCAGCGACAACGCGUUGAGAUGUAUUUAUUGAUUAAUGACUCACUGUCAGCAACCGA